CCUCUCCCCGCGGCCCGUUGGGGCCCGGCCGGCUCCCGUAGCGCCGCCCGCGGCUGCGGUGGCGUGUGGGAAGGAGAGACGAUGGCGGCGGAGCCGGGCCGUGCGGAGAUCCAGGCCUUCUUCAGGCGGCUGCGGGCGGUACCGGCCAACAAGUCCUGCUUCGACUGCGGCGCCAAGAACCCGAGCUGGGCCAGCGUCACCUACGGCGUCUUCCUCUGCAUCGACUGCUCCGGCGCGCACCGCGCCCUGGGCGUGCACCUCAGCUUCAUCAGGUCCACAGAGCUGGAUUCUAACUGGAACUGGUUCCAGCUGAGGUGCAUGCAAGUCGGCAGCAAUGCCAACGCGACUGCUUUCUUCCGUCAGCAUGGCUGCACGACAACAGAUGCCAAUGCUAAGUACAAUAGUCGAGCUGCCCAGAUGUACAGGGAGAAGAUCCGGCAGCUGGCGAGUGCUGCCAUGGCCAAGUAUGGCACUGAUCUGCUCAUAGAUGGACUGAGUGGAGCCCCUGGGCAUUCCCCUGACAAGAGCGAUGCUGAUUUCUUCAUGGAGCACACGCAGUCUUCCAGUACUUGGGAUGUAGCAGAUGCCAGCCAGAAUCUUGCACAGUCUUCCCUGGAGGUGGAAAAAGCACCAAAGUCAUCGGAAGGCAGUGAAGUGUCAAAUGCCAGCCAAGGCCCAUCUAUUGACUUGUUGAGCACAUCUCCUAAAGCUCCUCUAGACGUGUCCAUGUAUCUAUCAACACAAGAGUCUGCUCCUGCCAGAGAACUUAAAUCCUCCCUCAUUGGAAAGAAGAAGCCAGGAGCUGCCAAGAAAGGGCUGGGUGCAAAAAAAGGUCUUGGAGCCCAGAAAGUGAGCAGCCAGAGCUUCAGUGAGAUUGAGCGGCAAGCCCAGGUGGCAGAGCAGCUGAAGGAGCAGCAGGCAGCGGAGUCCAGGAAACAAGCUGAGGAGUCCAUAGUCACCUCGAUGCGACUGGCUUAUCAGGAACUGCAGCUCGAUCGGAAGAAGGAGGAGAAGAAACUUCAGAACCUUGAAGGGAAGAAGCGUGAACAAGCUGAGAGGCUAGGCAUGGGCUUGGUGUCAAGAAGCUCUGUUUCACACUCGGUGAUGUCUGAGAUGCAAGUCAUUGAGCAGGAGACGCCACUGGCCGUGAAAUCUUCCCGCUCCCAACUGGACCUGUUUGAAGAUGCUGGAAGCUUCACAUCUGGACCCCCCAAGUACAAAUAUAGUCCCUUCUCAUUUGAAGAUGCCUUUGGCUCACGAUGGGAAACAGACUCUUCGUGGGGUGUUGACAAAGAGGAGGAACCGGAGGUGACAGUUUCCAGUAUUCGGCCAAUUUCAGAGAGGCCCACUAGUAGAAGAGAUACAGAGAACAGGACAUCAGUUGUGGAAUCAAAUGAAGCUCGGCAGAAGUUUGCAGGGGCUAAAGCUAUUUCUUCAGAUAUGUUCUUUGGGCGGGAAGCAGAUGCUGAGUAUGAAGCCAGAUCCCGACUGCAGCAGCUCUCAGGCAGCAGCGCUAUCAGUUCUGCAGACCUGUUUGGAGAGGCUGAGAAUGUGCACUCAGGUGGCGUGUCAAUUGGAAAUGUGCUGCCUGCAGCCGAUAUUGCACAGUUCAAGCAAGGAGUGAAGUCAGUUGCUGGCAAGAUGGCUGUCCUAGCCAACGGGGUGAUGAACUCCCUCCAGGAUCGUUAUGGUUCAUAUUGAUGACCCAGGAACUGCAACUCGCAGGGAAGCCAGCAGGAGGCACUGAUGCCACCUUCGCCUGGAGUAAACUCUGCAGGAUUGUCUUAGUUUGUCUGGGGUGGGUGGGGAAGGGAGAAGGAAAGCAGAAGGGGGCAGGACAUGUCUGUGCCCAGGAUGCUUUCCAAAUAUCUGGAUUCCACUCUGCAUUAAAAUUCGAUGUGCCCUCAGACCCACUGCUAUCUACUAGCCAGUGGAGAUGGGGAUAACCUCACUGCUGUGAAAGAUGUGGGAAUUCCUGUGACUGCCCUCGUCAGUGCUCCUAUCCUUCUUGGCCCAUCCCUUAGCUGACCACGUGACAGAGGAAAUGGGAAUGCUGUUUUUCUGAACAUGAUGUUACCUGGUCCCCACGGAUGUGACUGUGGCUUUCUGUUCUGCUCAGUGCUCUUACUGCCUGAUCCCAAGCAGGCUGCUGCAGCAGUUAACAGCAUGGGUAAGGCAUUUUCAGCUGCAAGGUUCUAGUGUGCAUGGUAAGCCAUGGUGUCACAAUUCCUCUGUAUUUGCAGGGUCUGCCUUUUACCAUGGGAUUAUCCUUUUUAUUGUCUUGUAAACCGGCAUAUAUUGAUGCGGGAGAACAAAUCAAGCAAAGAUUAUUUUUUUUAGCUUUGAAUCACAUCAUGAGCAAAAAAAGGCCCAGGCCAUGAAGUACUAUAAAGAUAUUUGCUGGA